AUGACGGGAAAUGGGCUAGCAACCCACGAGCACGGGCAGCCCGCGCGCCCCCACCACGCACUCGGCCGUGCGCGCGCGUCUCCUCGGCCCGGCCGGCCCCCCGCCACGCCGCCGGCCGCGGGGCUGGCGGCGGGGCGCCGGGCUCCCCGGCCCCCUUCGGGCACUUCCGCCGCGCGCUCGGCUGCCUUCGCGGCCGGGCGGGGCGCGGCGGGCGGAGGUGCGCGGCCAGUGCGCGCGCGCGCAGCGCCGAGUCUCGCGGCCGCCCCGCCCCUCUCCCCUCCCCUCGGGGCCCGCGGCCGCGCCACCCCCUCCCCCUCGCGGCGAGUGUCGGCGGCGGCGGCGGCGGCGGCGGCCGAGAUUGGAAUCCGCCUGCUGGCGCUGAGCGGAGGAGGAGGAGGAGGAGGAGGAGGGCGGAGGGCGGGGAGAGCGGGCAGGAAGGCUCCGGGGUCCGGCGCGUCGGUCCGCGCGAGACGACCCUCUGCACGGGCGCUGCACGCCGAGGGCGGAGGCCGAGCCGGGGGGCCCCCCGCUCCUCCCCGCCGCGCCCACCCGCUCCGCGCCGCAGGCCGGAGGAUGAGUUCCCCGGGGUCCCGAUUUAUGAAAAUAUGCAUCAGUUUAAUACUGUCUUGGAAUUCAUGAGAUGGAAGCAUAGGUCAAAGCUGCUCGGAGAAAAUUGGAAAUACAGUUUUAUCUAGCCACAUCUCUGAGG